UUCCAAGUCAAGGCUCCUCUUUCCACUCCUCCUCAUCCUCCUGUACUAGCAGCAGUGUGUAGAUUGAAGAUUACAUCCAAAUUCAUUUCAAUCCAUCCACAUACAAAACUAUCACCACCACCACAACACACAGAGGUUGAUAAUUGCCGUGGAAUAGCUUUCUGUUGGAUCAGUUGGGUUCUCUAGGGUUUGGGUUUUGGUUUUGGAAUUGGUCUUGAUUGAUUGAUGCUGUUCUGAUCGGGAGGGAAUAGAUAGAUAGAUAGAUAUAUAAGAUGGAGACGCAGUAUAUAUCCAGGCACCACAGGCAUCAAAUCAACGAGAAUCAGUGUUCUUCAUCUGUUGUCAAGCACAUCAAAGCUCCCGUUGACAUAGUUUGGUCGUUGGUGAGAAGGUUCGACAAGCCGCAGAAAUACAAGCCCUUUGUCAGCCGGUGCAGAGUGGAAGGUGAUCUCAAAAUUGGUAGUGUGCGAGAGGUGAAUGUGAAGUCGGGCCUUCCUGCCACGACCAGCACCGAGAGGUUGGAGCUGCUCGAUGAUCAGGAGCAUAUACUUGGUGUCAAAUUUGUUGGUGGCGAUCACAGGCUCAAUAACUACUCAUCGAUCACCACUGUCCAUCCGGAGACAGUGGAUGGAAUGCCGGUAACUCUAGUGAUCGAAUCGUUUGUAGUUGAUGUGCCCGAAGGCAACACACAGGACGAGACAUGUUACUUUGUGAAAGCCCUGAUCAACUGCAACCUCAAGGCAUUGGCUGAUGUCUCGGAACGAAUGGCAAUUCAAAGCCGGCCGUGAAUCCUGUCCAACUACGAUCAUAAGUCUCUUGCCGAGAAUGCAACCAAUCAAGCCCGGCAACUCUAUCCCUCCUUGUAUAAUAUAUAGAGCUUUGUUGGGCUACCCUCUUGGCUCGAAAGUGCUUAUAUUAUAUAGCCUUAAGUUUUUAACACUCUUAUUCACUUGUUGUUGUGUGUAACCUUUACAUAUAGUUAGUAUACAGCCCCUCGGAUAAGUUUUGUAAUAUGUAAUAUUUCCAUAUGAAUGAAUUUGAACAUUAUGAGAUGUGUAUGUGUGUGUUUUUUGUGCAAAUAAUUCAGGGGGCUUUGCUUU